AUUCAUUGAAAUUCAUUAAAUCUUAAACUUUUUAAAGCUUACGGAAACAUAUCCAACACGCCAAAUUCAAAGUUUGCCGCGCAUUUUCGGAUCAACGUAUUGCGAAAAUCGUUUAUUAUUGACUGCUUUUUUCUCGGGCAAGAGUGGACGCCGGUUGUUUUUAGAUCUUGGAAAUAUCGCAAAAUCAAGGCUUGCGAAAGCGAUGCCUUUAUGUAUUGCUCUUUCUGACGUGCAACAAUUAGGCGUUGUUCUCUCCGACUCAAACUCAUGGGUCAAAGUCAUGGGUGCCGGGAUAUCUCCAUAGCAAGAUGUACCGACAGAGUUCAUCAAUUGAAGCAUUGAUUUGUUCCUUUCACUCAUGAAACCAUAACAUUAAUAAGAAAAGUGUACUACACAUAAAACAUGGAUUACGAAUUUAAGGUGAAAACAUCAGCCGAACGAGAGAAGGUAGAAGAUCAGUUUGACUUCGAGGGAUGCAAAGUAGGUCGAGGUACUUACGGUCAUGUGUACAAAGCUCGCCCAAAGGACAGCACGGACAACCGAGAAUACGCCCUUAAGCAAAUCGAAGGAACUGGAAUAUCUAUGUCUGCUUGCCGAGAAAUUGCACUUCUCCGCGAACUAAAGCAUACGAAUGUUAUCAAUCUUCAGCGAGUGUUUCUGUCGCAUGCUGAUCGGAAGGUUUAUCUGUUAUUUGAUUUUGCCGAACAUGACUUAUGGCACAUUAUUAAAUUUCACCGAACCGCCAAGGCUAAUAAAAAAACUGUCAUUACACCGAGAUCAAUGGUGAAAUCGUUGCUAUAUCAAAUCCUGAACGGCAUUCACUAUUUACAUUCAAAUUGGGUACUUCACCGUGACCUGAAGCCGGCUAAUAUUCUCGUUAUGGGCGAGGGUCCCGACCGGGGCAAAGUAAAGAUCGCUGACAUGGGAUUCGCUCGACUCUUCAAUUCACCUCUAAAACCUCUGGCUGAUUUAGAUCCUGUAGUAGUUACCUUCUGGUAUCGUGCUCCGGAACUCCUCUUAGGCGCUCGCCAUUAUACGAAAGCAAUAGAUAUUUGGGCGAUUGGAUGCAUUUUCGCUGAGCUUUUGACCUCGGAACCAAUAUUUCACUGCCGGCAAGAGGACAUCAAGACGUCAAACCCGUACCACCACGAUCAGCUCGAUCGCAUUUUUAAUGUUAUGGGAUACCCAGUUGAGCGGGACUGGGAAGACUUGAAGAAGAUGCCGGAACAUCCCACCUUAAUUAAAGACUUCAAACGAUCAUCGUACGCGGGAUGCUCGCUAAACAAAUACAUGGAAAAGCAUAAGGUGAAAUCCGAUUCAAAAGCGUUCCUACUUCUUCAACGGCUUCUUCUGAUGGAUCCGACGCGUCGGCUAACAUCUGAACAAGCGAUGGGUGAUGCCUACUUCCUCGAAGACCCGUUACCUACAGCCGACGUAUUUGCCGGGGGGCCGAUCCCGUACCCCAAGAGAGAUUUUCUCACAGAGGAAGAUAACGAUGCAGACAAGGCAAAUGCGCAACAGGCAAACAAUGACAAGAACGCUGCGGAUUCAGGCCCAAAUGCCAAAAGAGUCCGUUUAGGUCCCGGCCCACCGCCUCAACCGCCACAACCUCCCCAGCACAACUACCCACCCCAACGACAGUUCUAGCCCCUACGACAGGAUCUGCCCGGGCAUCAUCAACGGAUAAAAGGCCAAUCUCUGUCGGACCCACAUGGCCCACCGUUGGAACAGCGAAACGACACUAAUGUUGACCGCGAUGAAAACGACGGAAGUGCGGAUGAUGUCUGAGUCACCUAACACAUCUGAGCAAGACGCAUGAUGUCGGGAAAGCUCAGAAUUCGCUCAUUCCUAAUAUUAGAAAGAAGAAGUUGGAAGUUGUGAAAUUUAACAAAUAACAAGUCGUCAACGUAUUGGUGCUGCAGAAAAUUGCUGAAUAAUAACCACUAAGCGUCUACACUCUUCACUUGGAUGAAACUGUCACGUGCCGACAAAGGGCCGGCGUGUCAGGAACUGGAAUUUCAAUUAUAAUUAUAGCCGUGAUUAUAAUAAUAACAGUGGUAGAUUCGCUCGUCGUUGUCCAGCUGGUGAUGUUUUGGCAAUGCUUGAAUUCAGCUAGUGGUUUAUAAAUGGAUCAAGCAUUUAUAUGGCCCCUUUAGCUGGUGUGUACUUGAAGCGUCAAUGUGAUUAUAUAUAUAGGUAGUAAGGGUCGUGGACGCUGCGAACGUAAUUAAAAAUGCGAGGUGUACACUAAAAAGGCACAAGCAGGUUACAAGUGGGCACUUCUUUGAUGCCGAUUGUUUGGACUACCCAUAGAAAAUGGAUCUUAAUGACUGAAAUCUAUCUCUUUUUCGUAAGGAAGAUAUCGAUACCGCACGAGUUCCUUACAUUUUUUUUUUCACUUUAUAUUUUCCAUAUACACGUAUAAUUUUUCAAAUUCAGUAUUUGUGUCAAGCGUCCGUCGCCACAUAUUGUUAAACUUCGAACGACAUAGAAAUGCGAUAAGCAUGCAAAAGAAUCACCGCAUUACGGAAGCCAUCCAGAAAUGUGUAUGGUGUGCUUAAAGUUACAUAUAUAUCUAUGUAUUAUAGACCUAUAAACAUAAAUUUCACCGAAUGAGUGUAACGUUAUUCUAUUGCCGUGUCUGAACGCUAAACAACAGAUACUGUUUCAGAGCUACUAGCCUUAAAUAUGGCGUUAGGCUGUGUUACAACUAAAGCGAUUGUUAAAACAACUGACCUAUGAUGUACGCAAAUGGGCUUAAUGUUAUCAGUUCGUUGUGAUGUAUUAACAAUUUAUUGUGGAAACAUUACAUAACAAAAACAGGUAGUACUCGGUAAAUUUGCGAACUUCGGAAAAUUCCUGGUCGAAGAAAUGGAAUUUUCCUUAUUAUUUUCCUCGUAAGCUUUAAAUUUAAGGGCUAUGUUCUGCAUCAGCCGGGGUGUUUCAUGGAAUCUUUCUACUCUUGUUCUUGGCUUUGGCAUCAAUGGAGACAAUCCAACCGACCGAGGUUAUGGCUUUCGUAGUAUUUAGUAGUAGACAAUGCUACAUGGGUUCAAAUGCAAAUUGCAGUUAUAGGUAGUGAAAAUAAUGGAGCCACUAUGUGAUACCUCAUUAUGCAUUCGGCACGGUACUCCUUCUUUCGAAUAAUAUAACCCAAGUAGGCUAAAUAUUAUCAAAUAUCAAGUGAUACGAUUUUUUAUUUUAAAAUACAAUAGACAGUCCAGUUAAUUUUUAUCCGGAAUUAAUCUUUAGUAUGAAAGAAAACUUCUAACAGACUUAGCAAUUGAUUUUAUCAACCGAUGACUGUCGUAAUCAAUAAGGCAAUCAGAAGGCACUGCAUCACCUCCCAAACUAACACCCCCUGGUGCAUCAUGAAAACUCUAGCUCGUUAGCAUUAAUAACACAAACUUGAUAACAAUUUGUAGUACAUGUCUUAGAAUACCUUGUUCGAUAACGAAGGCGUUAUAAUAUUAUUUUACUAUUAUUUUAUACAAUAGACAGAAGCGGGCUCUGGAAACGUGCAAGAACAGCAAUUGUUGCUCAUAUAUAUGCACUUGCUUCUGCUUGCUGCCCCAUAUAAACUUUUUUUUUAUACGUGCGUUAUGUAUGAUUUAAUGAUUUUGGUUAUUAAUUUUGUUCUUCUCGUGUAGAUUUUAAUUAGUCUGAAUUUCAUUGACUAAAACAUAAGUGGGACUCUGUCAUCGUUGGGCCAUCUACGCCCUUUCAGAAAUUUCGACAUACGUCAAAAUAUCUGUUUUAAAUGCUGGAGCGUAUUAAUGUUGUGAAGCAAUCGUACCCGAAUGGUAUAAAAUAUGUCGACGAAUAAAUUACGUUUACGGUACUCUUGCAUCAA